AUAUUUCGAGCUGGGGCUACCUGUGGAGAGAGACGUCUGGGUACGAGGCAGAAGGAAAAUCAUCGAACUUAACUAAUGAUAAAUCCUCGUUCCCCGUGAAGCCUGAAUAAUGGACAAUGAUUUAACUGGAGGGCAGUUAACACUAACACGACCCUAUGUUGAUAAACAAGGUGCGAUCAAACUUGCAGAUUUAUUGUUUGGUCUUCGUAUUUCCGACCUUUCACAUGCCAAGGAGUUUGUCAGUUACGACGACCGAAAUUUCUAUUUGAAAGGUGUUUUGCUUAGCCAGGAGAACAAACAAGGGAAUUUCAGUGAAGAUGAAUUCGUGUUGAAGAUAUUAAACGACGUCGAUUCACAAAACAUUUCAUACGUUAAUGCACAAAACACGCUUUUGCUUCAUUUGAAAGAACAUGGCUUUGUUUGCCCAGUUCCAGUGAAGUCCUUAAGUGGUGAACUCACAAUGGAAUGCCAGUUGUCCUCUUAUGGUUUAAGUGGUAGUAAAGAAAACCCCAAAAUACAGGAGAUCCCACGGGAAAUUAACGCCGUUCGACUUCUGAGCUACGUGCCCGGGAAGCUUCUGAAAGAUGUUCGUUGCACGAAUGAUCUCCUCUUCAAUCUGGGUCGUUACAUCGCGAAGAUGAAUAAAGCUUUGCAGGUAAAAUACUUUUUUAUACGCAGUGCGGUUCGCUAUAAAGUUUUGCGUCGAUCAAAUUGAAACUUCAACAUCCCUCUCGCCACAAAGUGGUGUUUUUUCACACCCCGGGGGACUGUUUGGCAAUUAUUUCUCGAGCGCGAAUGGGCUCUGAGUGAAUAGCCCGUGAGGCCGAAGACCUCAAUAAUGGCCCUAUUUAAUAGGAUAUUUUGCUAAAACAAUAAGCCAUUUGCACUAAUAGGUUAUUGCCUUAGAAAAACGAUUAGUGGGUCAUAUCUUAAAUUAAAUAAUAUUGAUUUGGUUUUUCAAAUCAUUCUGAGAAACGUAUCGCUCCAAUUCACAGGAAUUGUUUACCUUCAUUUGCAUUAAUUUGUACUCUUCGCUUGCAAAAACGUGGCUUUCAAUACGAAACAGGAUAUCUCCCGGGCUUUAAGUUUUCCUCGUGUGCUCUUUACAUUUUCCUUCUGAAUCCGAUUGACUGCAAACAAAAUAGCCUCGAUCCGAGAGACAAACUUGAAAUCAAGGCAAAUGCAGUGAUAAACUUACAUACUGAUACAAACAUAUUUACAUCCAAGAUAGCUCAAAAGCGGAUAGCAUAUGGUCACGUACGCGACUGAAUUAGUGUGCUGCGAAGCCUGGUGUCUUUGCAGCAAUAAGGCUGGUUACCGGCUCAAAGUGGUGUUGUGUUCACACCUCAGGUACCCAAUAUGAAACUGAGUGCAUGUCUGCCCCAUUUUGCCUUGUCAAAGGCUACUUCGAAAUGUGACUAAUUUGUAUUCAAAGGAGUGGAUUGGUUUUAAGCAGAAACACGGACAUUCAGGUCCCUAGUGCUAGUCCAAAUUGUGGUAUGGGUAUUUGAAGAAAGGAUGUGUUCACAUUAGUGCCUAGUGAGUAAAGACAUGCCUGGGAACCUUGUGUGAACUACAUGUUUCAUUGAACUGUUAAGUGUCUAUUUGUAUUGCUAAUAGCAUAAUUUGUAGUGAUAUUUGGCAUAAAAACCACGAGUGAUAUUUCAAAAUUGUUAUACAAAAUUAUAAAUUUGAAACAAUUUUGAAAUAUCACAAGUGCUAUUUAUGCCAAAUAUCACAUGCAAAUCGUGCUAUUAUUUGUUUAUACUACUACCCACACAAGGUUUGUCAUUUUCACAUGUAGGUAUUUCAAAUUAAGCUGAAAUGCCACUGCUCUAAGCCAACCAAACUGCAGAAAUUUCUAACGUAGCAGUAUAAACAGUGGAACCUCAAUAUAACAAAGGGCCAAGGGACUGACAAAAUUUGUUUGCUAUAAAGAGGUUUUAUUAUAUCAAGGUUCUUUUUCAUAUGUUUUACUAUUACAGGGGUAAUGAAAGUCAUUCAUUAUACCAAGGACUUAGUUAUAUAGAGGUUCGUUAUAUCGAGGUUCCACUAUACAUGGUUGCUACAUGUCAGGAAAUGGUCAGCCAAAACAAUUCUUCAAGGUCAGGGAAAAGUCAGGGAAUUUCACUUUCUUGUCAGAGAAAAUUUAAAUAUUUGAAAGAGGUCUGUCGUGGAAAAGUGAAAUUUUAAGAGUACAUCUUUUCCCGCCAAUGUUAUUUUGUUCUAACACUUAAAAUUCUGAAAAUGAAGAAAUGAUCGCCGCAGUGAACACAAUUUAUGCAAUUGCAUAAAGAAGCCUGAAAAAAAAAAAUUCAGGACUUCAACGGGGUUUGAACCCGUGACCUCGCGAUACCGGUGCGAUGCCCUACCAACUGAGCUAUGGAGCCACUGAUGUUGGGAGCAGGUCAAUUGCUGGUUCAUAUGUUCCCGUGAAAGAAAUGAGUGUUAAUGAUAUAUGAAAUAAAUCAUAUAUGAACUGUGGAAAUGAAAUGAAAAUGAACAAAUGAUCGUUGCAGUGAACACAAUUUAUGCAAUUGCAUAAAGAAGCCUGAGAAAAAAAAAUUCACGACUUCAACAGGCUUUGAAUCCGUGACCUCGCGAUUUUUUAGGCUUCUUUACACAAUUGCAUAUAAAAUUGCAUUCACUGUGACGAUCAUUUCUUCAUUUUCAUUUCAUUUCCACAGUUCAUAUGAUUUAUUUCAUAUAUCAUUAACACUCAUUUCUUUCACAGGAACAUAUGAACCCACAAUUGACCUGCUCUUAACGUCAGUGACUUCAUAGCUCAGUUGGUAGAGCAUCCUACUGGUAUCGCGAGGUCACGGGUUCAUACCCCGUUGAAGUCCUGAAUUUUUUUCAGGCAUCUUUACACAAUUGCAUAAAUUGCGUCCACUGCGACGAUCAUUUCUUCAUUUUCAUUUCAUUUCCACAGUUCAUAUAUGAUUUAUUUCAUAUAUCAUUAACACUUAAAAUUCUUUUGUACAUUUUAUGAAAAUAAAUCAUGAUGUAUUGUUAGUUUAUUGUUCAUGAAAUUGAACAAAAAGUCAUGUUAAAGAACUUUCAAUUCAUAUACACUGUAAAUAACUUGCUGAAAGCAUAAAUAAAUGGGUGGAAGGGAUGGCUGUAAGGAAAGGGUUGAGUCCAUUGUCAGGACUAAUUGAUAAACUGUUUAUUCAGUUGGUCGGGGAAAUGUUACAUUUCUUAGGAAGUCAGGGAAAAAUCUAGGGAUUUUCAGAAACCUCUCACCGUGGCAACCAUGAUUUAGUGUCUGUACAUGCAACAAAAAUGCAAUAGAAAUGGUUGUUGCAUCAUUCAAUAAAUUUUCCAAAGAUUUUACAUUUUAAUGAUGGGCACUCAAAAGGUUUUUUCUUUCUAGUCGGUUGAAACCUGAGGUUUUUUUUUUUGGAUGUCAAUCAAGUGCUAUCAUGGUUUUUCCCACCCUCUGCUUGUGAAAGUUCUCUCAUAUUGUUCUUCUCAAAGAACAAAGACAAAGAGCUCAGGAUUCUCUCUGAUAGCAUGAUGAAUGAUAAGAAGUUCUACGAGUUAACACUGAAAACAGUCUUAUUUCAAAGGACAACUUUUUUUGUUGUUCAAUACUACAGAAAGUUAUUCAUGACAAACCCGUUCACUUCAAGCAUGCCUUUAGGACCCUUUAGAUUAUAGUCAUUUUAUACCACUUUUGCCUUCUACUGUAUAGUGAUAAAAUGUUUGACUAAUGCAAGGUUUGUGGUUUCAUCCAGAGUUUUCAACAUGCGGGCCUUAGUGAUCUAGUGAAACAAGAAUGGGACUUGGCUCAGUUAACUAACCUUGAAAGCUACAUAUCUGUUGCAAGCCAGGGUGUUAAAGACUCAAAACCACUUCAAGAUGUCUUCAACAUAUUUGUCAAUAGAGUCAUUCCAAAGCUUGUUAAUCUAGAUAAACAUGUCAUCCAUGGUGACCUCAAUGAUGAGAACAUACUGGUCGCUCCUAGUCAGCGUGGUGAUAUUCAUGAAAUAGCAGGUAUAAUUGAUUUUGGGGAUACCUCAGAUUCCUACAGAGUGUUUGAAGUUGCCAUAUGUAUGAUGUACAUGAUAAUGCUCCGAGUGCAACAAGGUGAUACGCAUCAAGAAGCAAUCAGAUCUGCCGGCCACUUGUUGAGAGGUUAUCAAAGCGUUUACAGCCUCUCUCACUCUGAACUUGACCUCUUGUAUUGGUCAGUUGCUGCUAGGUUCCUUCAGUCUUGUGUAAUAGGAAUAUAUAAACAAACUCUUGAACCAGAGAAUGUAUACUUGAGCCAAACUUAUCACUUAGGAUUUAAAGUUCUUUCUUCGUACAUUGCCUCUUCAGAAGAAGAAACGCUUAAUUCUUGGUUUUCAACUUAA